GCCCGGCGCCACCGUCAUGCCGCCGCGGCCAAUGGGGAAGAGCCACGAUGGUAGAAAGCGGGGAGGGGCGCGCGGCGCGCAGAGGCCGCGGCGCCGGGUGGUCGCGGCGCCUCCCGUCUCGUCCUGCCCCGGCGCCGCCAUGGUCGCGCUGCCCGGCGCUGCGGCCCCGCGGCUGCUGCUCAUCCCCGGCAAGGCGGCUGAGCCCGCGGGCCCCGCGCCCGGCCGCCACCUCUCCGUCGUUCUGCCGGCGGGAGCGGCCCCGGGCCUGGAGGCGCCGCAGCCGGCCCGCAAGCGGCAGCGCCUCACGCAUCUGAGCCCGGAGGAGAAGGCGCUGCGCAGGAAGCUGAAGAACCGCGUGGCGGCGCAGAGCGCGCGGGACAGGAAGAAGGCGCGGAUGACGGAGCUGGAGCAGCAGGUGGUGGAGCUGGAGGAGGAGAACCAGAAGCUGCUCUUGGAGAACCAGCUCCUGCGGGAGAAGACGUGCAGCCUCUCCCUGGAGAACCAGGAGCUUCGCUGCCGCCUGGGCUUGGAUGCUCUGAAGACGGAGAGUGAGAGCGAGUCCAAGGUUGUGAAGGAAUCUCAGGUGGAUGAGAUCAAGUUGGUGACCGGGUCCGCUGAGCGCAGCACUCAGACUACGUGUUCCUCUGCAGCAGGUGCAGGCCCAGCAGUCACCAGUUCUGACAGCUUCCACAUGGAUUCUGAUGGCAAUGACUCUUCAGACUCUGAGUCUGAUCUCCUGUUGGGCUUUCUGGACAGUUUGGACCCAGAGAUGUUUCUCAAAUAUGCCGAUUCAGAGUCAACGUGCCUGGAAAAGCUGGAGGAAGAGAUCUGCGGAGAAACAAAUUCCAUACCAUCCUCCCCCUCUCCCUCUUUGGGGUCCCCAUCAGCUAAGUUGGAGGCCAUUAAUGAACUGAUAAGGUUUGAUCAUGUAUACACAAAGCCCCUAAUUCUGGAGAUUCCUGUUAAAAUGGGCAACCAAACCAAUAUGCUAGUGAAAAUAGAGGAAGUAUCUCUCUCUCAAUCUGAAGAUAAAGCUAUCCCUGACACCCCAGUAUCUGUGAAGGAGGAACCUGUAGACAGCCUCAUGCCUGAACUGGGCAUCUCUCAUCUGCUUUCCUCUCAUCACAGCCUUGCAGCCUCAAGCUAUCUGCUGGAUGCCUGUAGUGACUCUGGAUAUGAAGGAUCCCUGUCACCCUUCAGUAACAUGUCCUCUCCACUUGACACUGACCAUGCUUGGGAGGAUAGUUUUGCCAAUGAACUCUUUCCCCAAUUGAUCAGUGUCUGACUGGUGUUGCGGCCCAAAAGGAGUCGUUCAGGACGACCUCCCUCCCCUUGGGGCCAAACGACCAAGUUCGUGAUGCCCUUGGACUGAAUUAAGGUGAAAUGACACCAGCCAACCGGUUUUAAGAUUUAUUAACACAAAGAUAAGGCAUGUGGUCAAAUAGGAUAAUUCAAUGGCGAAUACUGCAACUAGCUAGACAAGUCCCGUGCCACAUGUUUCAAACAGAUCUUACCAACAUUUAACAAAAGAGAGGGAAAAAGGGGGGGAGAGAGAGAGAUAUCGCCACCCGUGGAUCCAGUGGCGUCCCGUUGGUCCUCUUCCUUUGGGAGUCUCGGUGGUGGUGGUGUGGGGCUCCCAUCUGGUGAUAGGUGGGUCCUUUUCACCCUGGGUGUAAGUUUUGGCGGUGCGCGUGCAGUAAUUACAACUCGAGUUGGGUCCGACCCUGGGUUAGCUCGGAAUGACGCGCAUGCAGUGGUUACAGCUCAAGUUGGGUACCUCCAAAGAGGGACCCUGAACAAAGAGAUCCCUGGGCAAUUAUAGCUUUUUCAAAUUAAGUUUCCCACCCCCCACGUAGUAGUUCAGAUCAAUAGUAAUUUUUGAGUCUGGUGUCUCCUGCUCUUUAUUGGAUCUCAGCGUUGUUCCUAGACAGGCUGUUUCUUUUCUCCCUUAUCUUUUCUGUUGUGGUUUCUGCCGAUAGGUGUGUCUUCCUUCCUAUAGGUGUGUCUUCCUUCCUAGGGUCCCACCAUCGUCUCUCAAGGUCUUGACAAAGAGGUGGUAACUCCAGCAAUUAGCACUGUUUCAGCAGUGCACAGGAACGCAAAUUGCUGGUAACUCCCUUAUCGUUCCCGCCUGCACCAGCUCUGGGGCCCUUUCUCACUGAACUAGGGAGUGCGGCCUAAGGCUUCAGCAAAUUUAGCCACUCAGGCCAAGCAAGUUUUAUAGAAGUUGUGCUAAAAACGGAUCCCAAAGUCUCUGCCCGAUUGUGGUCUCGUUCAAUGCAGGCUCGGUGUGUCCCGGGUGGUCGCAGGGAGACCAUCUCGGGGGUCGCAGCAGCCCAGUCCUGUUUCCGCCAGGGACAGAUGGCUUGUUUGGGGUUAUGGCCUGCCUGCACCCCAUGCACCAAGAAAUGUUUAAGGCAAAAAAUUCAUUCAUCUCUCCGCCACAACUGGUAGUGUUAACUCUCCUCGGAUAACUAUACUGGUAGGAUAACAGGACGUGCCCCUUCUAGGGAGGGGGGAGGAAAUCAAGUUUCUUCAAAAGUGUUGCUCAUUUCUCCCCCUGAAUGCUAGUAGUGAUGGCCAGUGCAUUUCUUCUGAGAUGAAAAGUAAAUUCUCUUCUUUCCCCCCCUGCCCCGAAGAUAAAAUGAAUGUUGGCUUAUGAGGAAUGAAACUUGUUCUCUCAAUAGCUUGCCAGUUCUGGAAGAACCUGAAAAUUGGAUUUUUUUUAUUAUUAAAAGAGAGAAUUCUAACACCAAAAGCUUUGGGAUGUUUGUGUAGACAGCUGGGUUAAAACUAAAUGGUCUGUAUAUCUUACAGAUUUAUUAUGUAAAUGCUUGUUUUCCAUUUGCUAUGUAGAGUUGCUUUUUCCAUUUUAAUAUUUAAAUGUAUCUGUGCAAUUAAAGUGCAAUGCAGCUCA